AUGGAGGACAUGCCAGCUGGAGCAGCAGACAUUGUUGAUGCUCUCAAGCUCUUUAUUGAGCCGACAGUCAUCCUCGUGUCGACCAAAUGCAACGAAGAAGCCAUAAAUCGACUGGAUCCUGAGCUGCGCACGCAGCGAGCCUCUGUUGAUGCCCGCAGUGAUCAGACACGCCUCCCAUAUCUGCUGGAGUGCCGACCAAAUGCAGAGUUUGGCUAUGAAUCAGGCAAAGUGAAGCUGGCGAAUCUCCACAUUGGUCUACCAGACGGUCCCACUGUCACGUACGUAGUGCCCGGAGAUGUGGUUGCUAACGACGAUUUUCCCGCACAUGAAGACGAGAAGUCUGGUCGACAGUGUGCCAUCUUGCGCUUGGCGGGUCUUGUCAACAUGGACAGCCGAAUUACUGUCGGCUGCGCGGGCGCUGUCCUUUCGUAUCUCCAACGUAGGAAAGCUACUACCUUUCUACCAGGAGACAGAGACGCUGAAGCCAUGUUUCGCAUAGCGACAGUCGAGAUGUUCAGCUUGGGGGGAUCCAUGUUCAUCAAUGCUGAUACUCUCCAGUCACUGCAGAUCACUACAACGGAGUCUCACCCAAAUGCUCAGCAACAGGGACCAGCAAGCAAGAAUUGGUCACGAGGAUCGAAAGAAGGUCUUUCUGUCUACGGACUCUUCCACAACCUGGCAAAGACCGCUCAGGGUCGGCAUCUACUACGACAGUUCUUCCUUCGACCAAGUCUCAACAUGGAUGUUAUCAACGAACGACAUGACACAAUUGGUGCUUUUAUCAGGCCCGAGAAUGCAGCAACGCUCGGUCAGAUUGCGAACACGUUGGCAGGAGUGAAAGACAUGCGUCGCGUCACUACGGACUUACGCAGGGGUAUUCGCAGUGGCGUCAACAACAAUCAGCCCAUAACCACAUCAGUCUGGGGCAGGAUGAGAGACUAUACGUUUGCUGCUCUGGAGCUCACCGACCUGCUGACGCAAGUUGUGGGGUCUGAGGGCCUCGUUGUCCACCGCAAGAUCGCCGAGCAAUUCAACAAGCUUCACCUGGCUGAGGUUGGGGCUCUCAUCAGCGACGUCGUAGACUUCGAGCUGUCCAAGUAUGCGAAGCGAACAGUGGUCCUGCACGGUAUCAGCGACGAACUGGACGAUGCCAAGCGCACUUACGAAGCCAUUGAGGACAUGCUCUCGCAAGUGGCCUCGCAUAUUGCCCGUCAAGUUCCCGCGGAUCUGAAGUCCAAAGUGAAUGUCAUAUUUUUCCCUCAGAUCGGUUUCCUAAUCUCCAUCGAGCGCGAAGAGGAUGACAUAGCAGUGCCAUACGAGGGUCCGGAUCCUGCUGAGCCUUGGGAGCAGAUGUUUACGUCCUCCACACAUGCGUACUACAAGAAUACCAAUACCAUGGAGUUGGACGAGAACUACGGUGAUAUCUGGGGCUGCAUCCUCGACAUGGAAAUCGAGAUUAUCCAAAACAUGGCACAGCGUGUACUGGAACACGAGGAGCUCAUCAACACAACCUCGGACAUUUGUGGCGAGCUUGAUAGCCUCGUGGCAUUAGCGAGGGGCGCAGUACAGUAUCGGCUAGUCAGACCUAAUAUGACGGAACAGAACAUUGUCAGGAUCAAAGACGGCCGACACAUACUACAGGAACUCACCGUGCCAGCUUUCGUACCUAACGAUGCCUACCUACUGGGAGGAUGUGGAGAUGACACAGCUGCUGACCCACGCGAGUGUAAAAUCUCGGCCGAUCCUCGAAUCACGCAACCCCUACCGCCAGACGCUCCAAGUGUGCUGAUGAUGACUGGACCAAACUAUUCUGGGAAGAGCAUAUACCUGAAGCAAGUGGCCAUCAUCGUCUACAUGGCUCACAUCGGCAGCUUCGUGCCUGCGAAUUACGCUACAAUUGGUCUGACCGAUGCUAUCCUCACCAGGAUAUCGACCAGAGAGACAGUCUCACGCAUUCAAAGCGCCUUCAUGAUCGAUCUCCAGCAAGCUUCCGUUGCGCUGAACAUGGCCACGCGACGCAGUCUCCUGAUUGUAGACGAGUUCGGCAAAGGCACAGAGUCAUAUGACGGCGCUGGUCUCGCGGCUGGUGUAUUCGAACACUUACUCCAGCGGGGGCCUGAAUGUCCAAAGGUGAUCGGAGCCACACAUUUCCACGAAAUCUUCGAAUCUGGAUUCCUCCCACCUCGGCCAGCGCUGGGCUUCGGGCAUAUGGAGGUCCAAGUCGACGACGCCCAGUCUGUAGUGGAGAACCAGAUUACAUAUCUGUACAAUCUUCGCCCAGGCAGAAGUGCUUCAAGCUAUGGUACGAUGUGUGCCCGUAUCAAUGGCGUCGACGCGAUUGUGACCGAUAGAGCCGACGAGCUCAUUGCGCUUGCGUCAAAAGGGGAAGAUUUGACUGAGGCGUGCGCAAAGCUUCCAAAGGAAGAAAUGCUGGAUCUGCGUCGGGCAGAGGAAAUUGCACGAGCGUUUCUGCAGAUCGAACACUUUGGGGGCCCACGUCAAAUCCUUGAUGAUCUUCUUGAUCAGCCGAUGUCGGUUGUGACGACUACUGAGUCUUGA